UUACAUCUUGUAUGGUAUUAGUCGAGAAUGCAAUUUGCAUCUGAUUUUAUGUUGUGAUUUAGAUUAAUAUUUCUGAUUCCAUUUAUAAGCCUUGUGAUGGAUAACUCAUUUCUGGGCUACGAGUCUUUUCUAUCAUUUGUGCUGUAUUAGUCACCACUACUUCAAACACAGCCCUCGGCGCUCAUCCCAUUUCGGGUUUCCUCUUCUAUUCAGGGAUCCCAAGUUGAAAUACAGAAGCUACCGAGACUUCGUCCCAUACAUUUUUGCAAUUUUUGGAGAAACAUAGGGGAAUUGGCCUUUUGAUUCCGAGGAGCUACCAAUAUUUUGCUAAAUCCGAUGCGUUUUUUAUAAUUUUAAGUUUAAAAAACAAGUUUCAAUGGCCAAGAAAUCAGUACCACAACAAAAGCUAACAAAGCUUUCCGUCUACCUUUACAUACCUAAUAUAAUUGGGUACAUUAGGGUUCUUAUGAACUGUUAUGCUUUUGCCAUAUGCUUCUCCAACAAAUCACUUUUCUCCAUUCUCUAUUUUGUCAGCUUUGUCUGUGAUGGAGUAGAUGGUUGGUGUGCUCGCAAAUUCAAUCAAGUUUCAACAUUUGGAGCCGUUUUGGACAUGGUAACAGACAGGAUAAGCACUGCAUGUCUCUUGGUAAUUCUGUCACAAGUCUAUCGGCCUGGAUUGAUUUUCCUGUCGUUGCUUGCUUUAGAUAUUGGUAGCCACUGGCUGCAGAUGUACAGUACAUUUCUACUUGGCAAGGCUAGUCACAAAGAUGUGAAAGACAGCACUAAUUGGCUUUUCAGAGCAUACUACGGGAAUCGGAUGUUUAUGGCUUACUGUUGUGUGGCAUGCGAGGUGCUUUAUAUCAUUCUAUUUCUUGUUGCAAAGAACGAAUCUGAGAAUUUGAUUGAUGUUUUAUUGUGUCUUGCACACCAUAUUACACCUCUUUCUGUUCUAGUUGGUUUGAGUUUAUUUGGAUGGGCUGUCAAACAAGCAGUCAAUUGUAUACAGUUGAAGACAGCAGCAGACGUGUGUGUGCUUCAUGAUAUCAACAAGAAGCACAGCUCAUAAUGCUUAGCAAAUACGACUGGAGGAGCAUUCUACAGUCAGCCUUGCUGCUCAGUUCUAA